CUCUCACUCUCCCUCUCUUUCUCUCGCUCGCGUCUUUUUACUUCUUCUCCGCUUGCUUCUCGCAUCUCUUAAUCCCUAGAUCGAGUAUUUCUCUCACUCUUGCUUUUGUUGAAGUCUGUAUUUUAGUGAUCCAUUUUUGCUGGUUUUGUUAGCUGGAUUGGGAGGAUUUCGCUGCGAGUUUCAGCGGUUCCAGCUUAUUUUAGAGGGGGGGGGGGGAUUAUUAGGGUAAACGAGGGGUUUUGCAGGGAGAAUGGCAGCCUUUUCACAUCGAGAGUUGAAAAUGGACACUUUGAGAUGGAUGUUUUGAGGUGGAAAGCUUCGUUUUUGGCAAUGCAGUACAGAAUCUCUGGGUUUCUAUGUUAUUUGAAGCUGGUUUAUAUGACAAGGAAGUGUCUCAGUGGCUUGAAUUAGCCCUAGGUUUUGGUCAAAGCUCGAGGAGUUUUGUGGUUUUGGUGUGAAUGUAUUUUUUGGAGCUCUGGUUAAGUAGAUUUGAAGUAACAGUGGAUAAUGGAGUUCUCAGAGGCGUUGAUUGAACUCUAGAUUCAGUCGUUCAGAGGAGAUGCAGAAGUGGCGGUUUCUGUGUUCUGUGAGGCUGGAGUGGGGUUUUUGUUUGUUGAAUUUGAGUGCUAGAUGGUGAGUGGUGAUUUAUAGCAUUUAAAUUAGACCCAAAUCUGUCAAAAGUGGAGAAAUCCGGGGAUUUUCAAAGUGAAAAGCUGAGAUCUGAGGAGAAUCGAGGAGUUCGUUCCAUGUCGGGAGCUCCUAGAGUCAGGUCGAUUAACGUAGCAGAUUCGGAGGCACGGCCGGUCCUUGGACCGGCUGGAAACAAGACAAGGUCGUUGGUUACUCGGAAACCCGCUUCCAAGCCUUUGAGGAAGGUAGAGAAAACUCCGGAGGCUGUAGAUGAGGAGAAGAAAGCUCCGUCAUCUCCUGUUGCUGCUUCUCCACCUAAGCUCCAACCUGUCAGCGUUCCUUCAAUUUUGAGGAGGCAUGAGUUCUUGCAUUCUAACUUGUCGCUCAAUGCAUCUUGCUCGUCUGACGCUUCUUCCGAUUCGGUGUACAGUAGAGCUUCUACUGGAAGGUUAAUUAGAACAAGAAGUACGCCAAGCCGGAGGAAGUAUUCUAUUUCAAGGCCAGAAAAGGUUGUCCCUGAUAGUGCUUCAGAUUCUUCACCUGACAGUAUAGAAACCAAGAAGAGAUGUGCUUGGGUGACACCAAACACGGAUCCUUGCUAUGCUGCUUUUCAUGAUGAAGAAUGGGGAGUUCCAGUCCACGAUGACAAGAAACUAUUUGAGUUGCUUGUCCUAUCUGGUGCUUUGGCUGAACUUACAUGGCCUACCAUCCUGAGCAAAAGGCACAUUUUUAGGGAAGUUUUUUCAGAUUUCGACCCAGUUGCUGUCUCGAAAUUGAAUGAGAAGAAGAUAACAGCACCGGGAAGUACUGCCAGUUCAUUAUUGUCAGAGUUAAAGCUGCGUGCCAUCAUUGAGAAUGCACGCCAAAUAUGCAAGGUCAUUGAUGAGUUUGGGUCGUUUGACAACUACAUCUGGAGCUUUGUAAAUCACAAGCCUAUAAUUAGCAAGUUCCGAUAUCCCCGACAAGUUCCAGUGAAAAUCCCGAAAGCAGAUGUGAUAAGCAAAGACCUGGUGAGGAGGGGUUUUCGGAGCGUGGGGCCGACUGUCGUCUACUCGUUCAUGCAAGUUGCAGGAAUAACAAACGACCAUCUCAUCAAUUGCUUCAGAUUCCAAGUGUGUAUGGACACACCAACAGUUAGCGAAGGGGAUGAUAAACUCAGAAUUGGGAAAGCGGAAGAGACACCAACAGGUAGCAAGGGCACAGCCGAAGAGAAGAAGACCGAGGACAUGAUAAAAUCAGAAUUGGGAAAGGCCAUGGAUAAGUUGAAUGUCUCGGAAUGAACACUCAAGGCUACUCAUUAAGAGGUAGUUGGUGUUGGGCUACUCAUUCAUGAGGGGUGUAUGGUGGUUUUGUGUAUAAAGAAAUUAUGAAUUCUUCUAUGCAUAGAUCUUGCUUUGUAGAUUAUAAAAAGAGAAUUUGGUUAUCCAGUGUUGUCUGGGUACGUCGGUGGAAGGUUUUCAGCCGUGAGAGUGGAGGUGAAGCCCAAUGAAUUGAUGGAUGGAUGUACA